CAGUGGAAAGUUGUGGUGCAGUCUGGGAGCCUGUCUGCUGCACGAGGGCUGCUUUUAAGGCGCCUUUUUUUCCGCGCGCUACACUGCAGUGUGUGUGGAGCGCGGGUAGUGUGUGGUGCGCGAGGGAAGAAGAAGAAGAAGAAGAAGAAGAAGAAGAAGAAGAAGACGGCAGCGCUGCUCCUAAAUGCGCGCGGACAACUUCAGCUCCUCGCUGUGGGAUUUACUGCUGCAACUAGCGCGCGCGCGGAGACUGCGGGAGGGAGGACACACGCUCACGCGCACGCACGGACACACGCACACACACUCCGAGCCCUACAGUGAAUUAAAUGGAUUCCCACUGCCGCAAACUUGCGUCAACCUGUGCGCAACUGGAUAAGGAUAAAUCCAGCUCUAAGGAUGACCCGUGCGAUGACCCGUGUAAGAAGAAGCGCCAGCGACGGCAGCGCACGCACUUCACCAGCGCGCAGCUGCAGGAGCUCGAGGCCACAUUCCAGAGGAACCGCUACCCGGACAUGAGCACGCGCGAGGAGAUCGCAGUAUGGACGAACCUCACGGAGGCCAGAGUCAGGGUGUGGUUCAAGAACCGGCGAGCCAAGUGGCGCAAGCGUGAGCGCAACCAGCAAGCGGAGCUGUGUAAGGGCGGCUUCGGUGCCCAGUUUAAUGGCUUGGUGCAGCCCUAUGAGGACAUGUAUGCCAGCUACCCACCCUACAACAACUGGGCAGCCAAAAGCCUGGCACCGGCCUCUCUGUCAGCCAAAAGCUUCCCGUUCUUUAACUCGGUCAACGUGAGUCCGCUCAGCUCUCAGGCCGUCUUCUCUCCACCCACCUCCAUCUCCUCCAUGAGCGUCUCCUCGGGCAUGGUGCCCACCUCGGGCCUCAACACGCCUCUCGGUAACCCCCUGAACAACCUGGGCGGACCCUCGCUCAAUUCUGCCCCUGCUUGCCCCUACGCACCCCCUACGCCGCCCUAUGUCUACCGGGACACAUGCAACUCCAGUCUGGCCAGUCUCAGACUGAAAGCCAAGCAGCACUCCAGCUUUGGCUAUGCAGGGGUGCAAAACCCGUCCAACCUCAGCGCGUGCCAGUACGCAGUGGAUAGACCCGUUUAGGGAUUGGACACUGGGGAAAAAACCCAAAAUUACCCCCUGUUUACCCUCACACCCUCCAGCCCCAGGACUUUCACCAAUUACCUCUUGUAUAAAGGGGGCGCUAGAACAAAAAACACCACUGAUGGCGCACCAAGACCCACAAUGGACGUAAAAGGGAAGAAAAGCACUCAGUGUAGGGCUGGGAACACCCCUCUCUGUCAUUUAUGCCCCUCAAUUUAGCCCCUCUGAACACCAAGACUCUUCUCUGUUAUCCCCACUUCUAGGGCCUGUUCAGAGGCCCCUGAUGGUGCGUUGGAGUUUAUCACAAAUGGAAAGCUCUCACUGUAAUUUUGAGACCCUCAAAUUGGCACCCCCUAAACCUAAGACUCUUAACUCCCACCCCCUCUAUUAAAGAAGUACUAGUACAAGCACACUGAUGAUGUACCUUGAUCCAAAGUAGAUAGACUUUAAUGUAAGAAGCAAAGCUCUUAAUGUAGAGCUGGGACAUGCCCCCAGUUUAUCUCUCCAUUUCCCCCAGUUUACCCUGGCCCUCUACAAUUUACCCUCCUUCCAAACUCAAGGACCUUACCUUAAUACCCUGCCUCACUAAAACGGCACUAGAACACUCACACUGAUGGGUGCACCAUGACCUAUAAUGGAUGGAGUUUAGGACAAAGUUUUUAUUGUGAGGUUGGGACAAAUAUCCCCCUGAAACCUCCCCAUUACCCUCUAUAUAGGGCAUUAGACUACCUACACCUCAAAUACCUACAUGGCCCAAAUGGAAUGCAAAGCUCUCACUGUUGGGCUCCUCCAUUUACCCCACCAUUUUAACUCCCAUUUACUAUCCUAGUUUACCCCCCCCCUCCCAAGCCAUAACUCUCCCAUAUUACCCCUUCUCUCAAAGGGCACUAGAAUAUCCACACUGAGGGUGCAAGGUGACCCAAAGUGGGUGACCACAAGAGAUAUUUACCCCCCUCCUCCAGUUUCACCCCCCACCAAUUUUACCCCUCAACUCUUCUGAAGGACUUCUGCUCCCUCUAACAAGGGGAGCUAGAACUACACUGCUGAUGGAGCACCAUGAACAAAAAUGGACAAAGUAUAAUGCCCCCCGCUACUUCUUUAACCCCACCCCCCACCC